AUGAAAAAAGUUAAUAGAGCCCAAUGUGCUAACUGUACCUGCUCGCCAGGAUUACUCUCUCGUACAAAUAGAAGGUCAUCGUUGCUUAAUAGAAGAAUUUCGUUGAAGAGAACUCCAAGUGGGUCUAUUCCUUCUUCUCCUUCCAGAAAGGGAUCUGUGUUUAAUUUGGACGUUGCCUCAUUAUGUCUCCCCGAAAUUAAGGAGGUUAACACAUCUCAGAGACUCAGCAGUCUCAGGAAUGCCAUGCAGGAGCAUGACACUUCGUUAGGAGUUUACAUAGUACCCAGCGAAGACCAGCACCAGAGUGAAUACACCUCAUCUGUGGAUCAACGUAGGAGUUUCAUUUCAGGAUUCCAGGGAUCUGCUGGUGUUGCUAUUGUCACCAGAGAUGUCAUGUGCAUGAACGAUGUUCCUGAGGGACUUGCUGCCUUGUCAACUGACGGUAGAUACUUCAACCAAGCCACAAACGAAUUAGAUUUCAACUGGCUCUUACUUAAACAAGGCGCCAAAGAUGAACCAACCUGGGAAGAAUGGGCUGUAAUCCAGGCAAUCCAAUUGUCUCUUGAUUCCGGAUCUGAGAUUUUCAUUGGUGUUGAUCCCAAGUUAAUUACUUCCACCGCUGCUGAGAAAAUAGAGAAGAUCAUAACUGAGAAGCUUAGUAUAAGCAAAUAUUCCAAGGCAGAAGUCAAGUUGAUGGCUAUCGAAGAAAAUUUGGUUGACAAGAUUUGGCCGCAAUUUGAAGAAUUACCCCAAAGACCUCGUAACCCAGUCAGAGUAUUGAGCCAGGAAUACCACGGUAAAGACGCACAGGAUAAGAUUGAUGCUACCAUCAAAGAACUUAAGGCUAAGAAUACUAACGGUUUGGUUGUGACUGCAUUAGAUGAAAUUGCUUGGUUGUUGAACCUUAGAGGUUCAGAUAUAGAAUUCAACCCUGUAUUUUACUCCUAUCUUAUCUUGACCAUAGAUGAUGGUGUAACAUUAUUCACUGACUCAGAAAGAAUAUUGGAAAAGACUGCUGAAUACCUCAAGGGUAAUAAGAUAUCCGUCAAACCAUACGAUGCAUUCUGGAAGGACCUUGCACAGCUCUCCUCAUCUUUCAAGCUUUCCAACACCCAAUCUAAACUUUUAAUACCAGAAACUGUAUCGUGGCAAGUUUCCCGUACUCUCAAGUGCUCCACUGAACAGAGCAGAUCUCCUGUGGAAGACUUGAAAAGUAUCAAGAAUGCAACUGAGCUCGCAGGAGCAAAGUCUGCACAUCUCAAAGAUGGACGUGCGUUGGUUCGUACGUUUGCCUGGUUGGAAGAUCAGUUAGUCAAUCAUAGUGAACUUAUAGAUGAAAUUGAAGCUGAUGAUAAAUUAACUUCCUUUAGGCAGCAAGAAGCCAACUUUGAGGGGUUAUCAUUUACCACUAUUUCAGCCACCGGGGCCAAUGGAGCAGUUAUCCACUACAAGCCAGUCAAGGGUGAAUGCUCAGUAAUUAACCCAGAUAAAAUUUACCUUAAUGACAGUGGAUCUCAAUUUUUAGAAGGUACAACCGAUACCACUAGAACUAUCCACUUUGGUACACCAAAGCCAGAAGAAAUCCAAAGCUACACUUUAGUAUUGAAGGGUAAUAUUGCACUUGGGUCAUUGAAGUUCCCAGAGAACACUACGGGGGCUUUAAUCGAUUCGAUUGCAAGACAGCAUCUUUGGUCGUAUUCUCUUGACUAUGGCCAUGGUACUUCUCAUGGUAUUGGAUCAUUCUUAAAUGUGCACGAGGGUCCAAUAGGUAUUGGACCUAGACCAAAUGCUGCCAAGUCAUUUUUAAAGCCAGGUCAUUUACUCUCCAAUGAGCCAGGAUACUACGAAGAUGGGGAAUAUGGUAUCAGAAUAGAAAAUGUGAUGUUUGUGAAGGAAUCUGGAACCUCAUACAAUGGUAAGAACUUUUUAGAAUUUGAGACUGUUACAAGGGUUCCAUUUUGCCGCAAAUUGAUUGAUUUAAAGUUGUUGACUGAACAAGAAAAGAAGUGGAUAAAUGAAUAUCAUCAAACUGUUUGGAACGAUUUGAGUUCCAGUUUUGUUGCUAAUAGUUUGGAAUACAAAUGGUUGAAGAGGGAGACCGCACCACUUUAA